AUGCGCCGACUUGCACAGGAGACGCAGUCGCGGCGGCCUCUCCGCCUCACCUUAGCGCUCACGAGCGCCCCUCGAACACAGGCUUCGCGAAGUCAGACGUUUGACAGAGUGGUGCCUUUCCACAGCCGCCCAGAUGAGCACGAAAUAACAUCCCUCUUUCCAGGCGACCCUGGCGCGCAUGAGGCAAGCGGGCAGCCACGUCGACGUCGACGCCGGGGCAACGGAGAAGCAGACACGUUGCUGAAGGACGUGUACGCGCUUGGCAAGAUCGUCGCCGACGAGCAGAAGCGGAGUCGCGUGUCCAUCCCAGCUUCGCGGCUGGGGGGGCGAUCCGGCCCAAACACCCGGGCGCCGAGGACAGUCGCGUCGGGGGACGCUGCAUCGACUCUGCCCUCCGAGGAGGGCUCGCUAAAUGCGAAACCGCUAGUCGCACCGCCGCCGCUCUCGGCACCAGCGAUGGCCGUGAACGCCGGCGUACGGAAUCGACGCGCUUCAUUUCCUCCGGCGGCGUUGCCACCUCUUCAGUCCUGGACAUCGUCCUUCAUUCUCACGCCGGAACACCUGCAGGCCACCUCCGACGCCCACGGCGCGUCCGACAUCGCCUUUACUUUGGAGGAGUUGGAAAACACGCUCUUUUCUCCCGUCAUCGAGAAGACCGAGGGCGACGCGCAGGUGACGAAGAGAGAGGCACUUACAGGGUUGUCUGCCCCACCGUCACCGCCGGUGGCUCCUACAAUGCCGUGUAGUGAAGCGCCACCUGCACGACUCGAGCCCGCCCCAGCAGCACCAACGGCCGACACCGUCGACGCAGCAGCGCCACCUGUGGCGCAAACUGCUGCAUCGCCGAGGUGGACUCUUGACGACCCGACCCCAGCCUCGCCUACUGCCAGCACAGAGCCUUUUCUGCCUUCGGCGGCAGACUUUGCCACAACUUUCCCUCCCACCUCCUCUCCACCCACAUCCUCUGAGCGCCGUUGCCCACCAGAGGUGUCCACCCGUGCGCCGCUCGCGACUCCCGUACUCCGGUGCCGUCUACGCGGAUCAACGGUAUAUGUGAGCAUGACACGUGCCUUCCCGACUCCCCGUGAGUUGAUGGAGGCCCUUCAUGAUGCGGUCACGUUUAUCGAGUCGCUACCGGCUCUGCCGCAGGGCCCGCGACUGGUGCGCCUGGGAGUGGAUUUGCCAAGCGCAGCGUCGGCCUCGUGCGCCUUCCUGGAACCGGCGGGGUGGACCGAAGUUACUUCCAGCGUGGAGGAGCGUAUGGCGGCGCAGCUUCUCAAAGAGCGGCUGCUGCAGCGUAUGACGGAGGGUCCCGUGCGCGGGUUGCAGUACAUCGCGGAGCUGCGCGCUGCUGAAGUGGAGGCGCCGCUGGUCGUCUGUGACACGGCGGCGGAGCUGCUGCUGGCCUGCACCACGUACGAGAUUCGUUCCUGCGCUCGGCCCGGUGUGGUGCUGAAUGGUAGCACAGAGGGUGCUGUGCGGUUCUCGUUCAGCGGAAUCGGCGUCGGUUUGUUCCCGGCGCCGUCGACCGUUCUGCGACUCGGGCAAGCGGUCACGGCGAUGUGCGACAGGGAGGCAGAGCGCACGUUUCUCCUAGAGGCGCUAGCCCGCUCAGGUGGACGCCCUGCCGGCACGGUUCCUGUUCCGCAGCCGCGACACCUUGUUGUGGAAGUGAUGCAGCACCUGCACGACCUGCCUGUUGCGGUUUCUGCGGCAUUGCUGAGGGGCUGCGUGGGUUCACAUGGAAGUGCGAGGGAGAAAGCCGUGGGGACAGCAGCGGAGGGUCCAGCUCACAUGGUUCACUGGUUUAAUGCAGCGAAGGCAACGGCGAGGCAGUGGUGGGAGUUGGUGCAGGAACAUCGGGACGGAAUGUGGUCGAGGCGCAACAAACGCCCUGGCGCCUGCACCGCGCGCGUGUCCUCCUGCCUCACCGCCAGCGAGGUGUGGGGGCGUUUGUGCGACGUGAUUCUCUCGCCCGCAGCCGAUAACGUCUGCAUACACCAGGCUCUCUCCGACGCGAUGCAUUCUGCGCCUGUGCGGCGGUGCAGGCACAACUACCUGGCUGUCGCGUCGCCUGCGUUCGCGCACACAGCCACCUCUGAUGCCCCCUUGCAAGCCGCUGUCGUUGACGUCACUGCCUCCUCACUCCAGCGCACAUCCGUGGCAGACCUCGCUUGUGAGAUUUGCGAGCAGCCGGCGGACGUCGUCCUCGUGCUAUCCGAAGAUGUGCGACUGCAGCAGAAGCUGCAUUUUCUCGCGUCACUGCACUUGACAGAUAGUGGCAGUCACCACCGCGUCACCGUAUUACUUCCCGGCGACCCGGCAGAGGUGGCCGAGUGCAUUUCUCUGACGCGGUCGUGUGCCCGCUUAGCCCCACAGCAGUCAUGCCACGAGGUGCAUCCGUGCAAACUGCACCCAUGUCACCCGUGCUGGCUGCAUCAGCUUAUCGAGGUAAGCAACGCUCAUUCCUCUGCAGCCGUCCCAGGCAGCUCGCCAGCGCCCCAUGAUGCAGAACCUGCAUCACUCGCUGAGCUCUACGUCGCGCACGCGUGGCGCCGCCCGUGUGUGACGACGCGUACAAGCAGUGUAGGGCUGGAGAUGUCCGCUGCCGUGGCCUUUUCGUGGCAGCGGCUCAUCGCGACCGCCACAGGGGCAGCCCCGAGGAAGGCGCUUGUGGAGGAAUUUCAGCGCACGCAUCUGGCGCCGCUCGUGCUGCUGCGCCCGCCCGCCAAGAACGAUGGCGGCGACCACGCGGCGCAGGCUUGGUGGACCGAAUAUGGCGAGAUGUCGAUAACACAAAAGGAGUCAGCGGCGUCGACCACCGUGUUGACGCUCAUGAAAGGCAUGAGUGCCGCUUGGCCGGUCCCCUCCUCGGCGUCUGGUCUCACGGCGCCUACCAAUCGUAGCAGCAGCUGCGUUGUCGAGUGCGGCGUUGCGUUUCUCUUUGUGCUCGACGUGGCAUGCCAAAGUUUGCUUCGUCGCGCCAUCGAAUCACCGGAUCAGCUUAACGUUCUCUCCAUCGCGGCUCUCGGACUGGACAGCUCUGCUGGUGGUCUCGUGGAGGUGGCGGACUGCGUUGCUGGCGACGGUGUAGAGACGCUUGUCUCUGCCAUGGAAGAGACGGCGGCGGUACACGGCAUCCGCUUUGCCUCGCUCGCGCUGCUCCGCUGGAUGGUAGAUAAUCGGCUUCUGCUUUAUCAGCUGACCCCUCACACGAUUGACCGCUAUAUCGCCUACUCGCAACACCGCAGCGUGUAG